AUUUACAACUGAAGAUUUCUGUAGUACUCAAAGCAGAUCCCCCCGCCAUGGAUGUAUGCGUCUAGCUCCAAUCUCAACUGAUCAUACAUAUCUUACCAAAUUCUAAGCUGAAUUGAAGGAUUGUAAGUUUGUAAUCGAUCAUUUUCAAUCUGAGAUCCAAUGGCGGAUCCGAAUGCAGAAUUGUUGCAAGAAUCAGGAUGGGAGGAAUUAAGGAAGGAAGCUUGCAAGAUCGAGGGAGAUCUCGAUGUAAAACUCUCUAAUUAUAAUAUACUUGGCACCAGAUUCACUCACGGAGGUUUCGUGGAUAGUGUUUCUUCACCAAGCGCUGGUUCGGGAAGGUCAUGGAAGUCUAUGGAGAUGGAAAUUGAGUCAUUGCUUGAGAAAUUACUAGAUAUAAAUGAUUCAAUGAGUAGAUGUGCUGCCUCUGCUGCUCCCGCCACUUCUGUUACCCAGAAACUGGCUAGACACCGAGAUAUAUUCCACGAAUAUGCUCAGGAAUUUAGGCGAAUCAAAGGUAACAUAACCUCUAUGAGAGAACAUGCUGAACUUCUUAGUUCAGUUAAAGAUGACAUCAGUGAUUACAAGGGAUCAGGACCCAUGUCACCAAGGAUGCAGUUAUUACGUGAAAGAGCAGCCAUACAUGGUAGCAUAGCUCAUAUAGAUGAUGUAAUAAGCCAAGCACAGUCCACCAGGGCAGCGUUAGGGUCACAACGCUCCAUGUUUGCUGAUGUUCAAGGGAAGGUGAAGCUACUGAGCGAUAAGUUCCCAAUUAUCCGUGGCCUACUUGGUACGAUUAGAAGGAAGAAAUCGAAGGAUACAAUAAUCCUGUCUGCUGUCAUUGCUGCUUGUACGUUAUUUCUCAUAAUCUAUUGGCUUUCAAAGUAGCAUAUAAAUAGUUUUGAUGUUUUUUUUUACUGAAAUGAACUAUUUUAGAUGAAAACGCCACUCGAAAACAUUGACAUUUUGAAUAUGUGUAAUAUGUUGAAACAAUUUGAAGUUCAUA